UAAACAAGUAAGAUGGCGGAGCUGGCAGUUUCGGGCGAGGGUGGAGGUUUGACUGAGCUGCCAGAGGAGGUACUGGAGCAGAUAUUCUGCUGCCCGUUGCUGAGCCAUGUGGAUGUGGUGAGCGCCUGCCGGGCCUGUAAGAAGCUGCAGGAGGUUUGUCAGGGCCGCAGCGCCGUGUGGAAACACCAGUUCAGGCGGAGAUGGCCCACACUGUUGAAAUACUACAAUACUGCUGGAAGUCAUAACUGGUGGGAAGAAUACCGAACACGGCAUUCUAUUGGCAGACAAGUGCAAACAAUGCUGGACACCUUUUCGAAGCAAUUCUUUACAAAAGAGGUUCCUGUUGAUGGCUUUAAAGAUAUUGAGGCUGUUGGUGGUCCAUUCUGUUUUAUUGAAGAUGAAUUGUUGUCAAUUCUAAAUAAGGAUGGAAGGAAGUAUCUGACAUGGAAGUAUUAUUCUCGCAAAAUCCUGUGCUAUCUUCGUCAGCGGGACAUCAUGGAAAAGUUGAAGAUGUUUCUCUUAACUCCACCACAACACCAAAAUUUAAUAGAAGGCGUGGUGCUGAUAGACCAAUACUGCAACCCCUUAGCAGACAACUCCCUAGAGAAUAUCCUAUUACAGCUGAACUCCAUUACAGAUGAGGUGAAAAAAGUGUUGCAUGUAAUGCACUCUUAUCAUCCAAGUAUCACUGCAGGAAGAGAUGACGUGUUUAUUGAUGAUCUGGAAUCACAACAACAGGUUUUGGAUGCUAUGAACCGUGUAUUAUACAAGCAGCUCAAAUUUAAAGGAAAUGAAGAAGACUAUUACAACCCUAUGAAUUCCUAUAUCCAUCAGGUGCUUAGCCAAAAGAAAGGAAUUCCUAUCACUCUCUGUGUGAUAUAUUCAACAAUAGGCAAGAAUCUGGGUGUUCGACUGGAGCCGGUCAGCUUUCCAAGUCACUUUCUGUUAAGGUGGUGCCAAAAACCUGAAGGGAGUACUGAUAUUUUAGAUUAUGUCUACAUUGACGCCUUUAACAAUGGAAAACCACAUACUGCAAAGGAAUGCAAGCAUCUGAUUGGUCAGCAAGUAACAUCUAAGUUUUAUAAUUCGGUGACCCCUAAGGAUGUGUUGUUCCGCAUGGUAACAAACCUGUUUCAUUUGGGGAAGAGAGAGGGAAGUGAUCAAUCUUACCAAUUACUACGAAAUGCUCUUGAUUUAUAUCUCGCCUUGUCUCCUGAUGAGGUUCAAUACCUGAUGCUUCAGGCUAGACUUUAUUUCCAUUUAGGAAUCAAUCCAGAAAAGGUGCUGGACAUUCUUCAACACAUACAGGCCGUGGAUCCCUUGCAGCAUGGUGUGGUGGGACACUUAGUCCAGCUCACCUUGGAGCAGAUUGCACGCAAAAACCAAACGACUCAAGUUCAAGUAAAACGCCAUACAGACGAAAAGCACAGAAAAAUACAGUUUUCAGUGGGACUUAUUAUGAAACACAAAAGGUACGGUUAUGACUGUGUGAUAUAUGGAUGGGAUCCCAAGUGUACAAUGGGGUUGGAUUGGAUGCGAACUAUGGGAGUCCAUAAUCUACCACAUGGACCUGACCAGCCAUUCUACAAUGUUCUUGUCCAGGAUGGCUCAUGCAGAUAUGCUGCACAAGAAAAUCUGAUUUGUCAUGCAUCGCCACUGGAAAUAGGUCAUGAAGAAGUUGGUCGCUACUUCUCAGAAUUUUCUGGCACACACUACAUUGCAAAUGAAGAACUACAGAACCAAUAUCCAGAUGACAUGGUGCUGACAUCUCAACUUGUGGAGAAGGUAUAUGGUCGUUCCUGAGUCACCUUUCAGGAAGGAGUCAAAUGUUGCAAUGCACAUGUACUUUAUUGACAAUGGGUCUCAUCAAUACAGUUUGAAAAAUGUAUCUCAGGGCACCUUUAACACUAUAUAUAUAUUAUACACAGUUAUCAUUUUCUGUACCUCUUGGAAGAACUUGUAAAGAUGAAAGACACAAUAUGUCAUUUGGUAAUAGCCAUUACUGAGGCAUUUGGUUUUCUGGUGGUGAAACUGCAGUGUUUUAUUACAUAGACAUCAUACAAAUCUUGUUCCACUAAUACAAUACUUCAUACAGAAAUGUGUAAGGCCAUAAAAUGAACUCCUGAAACUGGUAUUUUGUCACUUUAUUUGUACAUACCUAUUGUGUAAAAUUAAUGUGAAAAACAUUGAAAGGGAGUGGCUUUUAAUUUGAUACAGUGAGAGUUCAGUUUUCCUGCUGUUGGCACAUUUUCCAGAAAAUGUGCCAUAUCAACUGUCCCAGCGAGAUAAUUUAUCUCAAACCCUAUUUAAUGAAGUUAACUCUCUAGAUUAGAAACUGCUAUUCCUGGAUAUCAGUCAACAAAAUAUAGAUGUGAACUUGUGGUGACAAUGAUGAAACAAUUCAUUCGGGAGGUCCAAGCUGUUGUGACAAUGUACGGCCUUAAAUGGUCUACCAAUGGAAAUUUGGGAUACUAAAGUUUUGCUUAGUAGUGAAAAGGUGUCAUCACGCAGCUUCUCUGCCAGUGUUUGUAUAAUGUUAAAUUAGAAAUUAGAAUGACCACUUUUUCUUUGUUAGCGUAACUCUUUUGACAAAAAAUUGACUUUGUUGAGGUUCCUAAACUAGUUAACACCAAUUUAUAUUCUGUUCAAACUUCAUAAAAAUGAUUUAAUGUUACAGUAUCUUAUAGCCAGAGUGAUUCCAAAAUGUGAGUGUUUACCUGAAACACAAACUGGCAUUUGUGCAUCUCCAACUGAUUGAAGGGUGUUGAAUGCAGAGGCUGUGGUGCAACCUCUCCUCCAUGCAUGGCCAGUGCAAGUGUACAAAAGUUCAGAUGUGUAGUUAGGUGCACUGGUGUUGGUUACAGGCCACUAAAGGUUUGCAUAAUUAUAAAACGAAUAAGAAAAGCAGUAGCCAAUGUGGCUGCGUACAUGUAUCCUGUAGUUCUGCUACAUAUUUAAUAUUUUUGAAUGGCUUUAAUUUAUGGAAGACAAUCUAAAGGUAUUUAAUUUUUAGAAUCACUAACAUAAACAUAUUACAAUAGGCUUCAGCAAAUAUAUUGUACAAAUCAAUGGGUUAUUUAUUCUGGUAUUUGAUAUAUGCAAACACACCUAAGAGCAACCCCCAUUUCAGAUGUUGUGUACUCAGGCCAAGUUACAACUCUCUCUUGAAAUUAUAUAUAUAGUGAUAGAAUUUUUGCCCAUUUCUAUUUUGACCCAAGAACUGUAAACAAUAAUGGUGUACACAGCCCUGUUGCCCUGCAAAAUCCUGUUUACUAAUAUUUGAGGGUUUGUGCCAAAAUAAAAAAAUCUACCCAGAUUAC